CUCUCUCUCUCUCUGAAGCCCUAACUCCUUCAGUUCCCUUCUCAUUCCAACUACAAACUUCGAUUCCAGAAUCCGAUUUCAAUAGCACGAAAUCAUAUAUCUCUCCUUUCGAAUCUCUUUUCUCUUCCUCAGGAAAAUUAAUUUCGUUUUUUUUUUUUUUGUGGGCGGGGUGGAUUUUUUUUUUUUUUGAGAAAGGGAUAGAAAUCCAACGGAGAGAAGCUAUGUCGGAGAAAUUCUCGCCGACCCUGCGCCUCAGCGAUCUCAACGACUUCAUUGCUCCGUCGCAAGCCUGCAUCGUUUCGCUGAAGGCGGCCGCGUCGAGGCCGGAGAGAUCAGAGGUAUGUGAUUAUGUAGUUAGGGUUAGAGAAAAAAUGAAACUCUGGCGGAGUGUGAUGGAUGAUACGCAGCCGCUUAGAACCGUGAGCCUAGAGAAGGUUGCGCCUCUUGCCAAACCAUCAAAUGCAAAACCGGUUAAAAUUUCACUGAAGGACUGCUUGGCAUGCAGUGGUUGCAUAACAUCCGCAGAGACAGUUAUGCUUGAGAAGCAGAGCUUGGAUGAGUUUCUUUCUCAUCUAGAAUCAGAUAAUGCUGUUAUUGUCUCUCUCUCCCCUCAGUCAAGGGCUUCAUUAGCUGCUUUCUUUGACCUUUCACCACCUCAGGUUUUUAGGAAACUCACGACAUUUUUUAAGUCUCUGGGAGUAAAGGCUGUAUUUGAUACAAGCAGCAGUAGAGAUUUAUCCCUAGUAGAAACUUGUAAUGAGUUUAUUAUGCGAUACAACCAACACCAUUCAACUGGUGGCAAGGGAUUUGAAUCAGCCCUUCCCAUGCUUUCCUCAGCAUGUCCAGGUUGGAUAUGCUAUGCUGAAAAAACACUUGGCUCAUAUAUACUGCCUUAUAUUUCUUCUGUGAAGAGUCCACAACAAGCAAUCGGGGCAACCAUCAAGCAUCACAUUUGCCAAAAAAUGGGUCUAAUGCCGGAGAAAAUCUACCAUGUAACAGUGAUGCCCUGUUAUGAUAAGAAGCUUGAAGCUGCUAGAGAUGAUUUUGUAUUUUCAGUGGAACAUCAAGGAGAAACUGGUUAUGAUGAUGCAGGCCCAAGGAUUCCAGAGGUAGACUCAGUUUUGACAUCAGGAGAAGUAUUGGAAUUGAUACAGCUGAAAUCCGUCAAUUUGAAGGCAUUGGAAGAAUCGCCUCUCGAUAGACUACUAACAAACGUGGAUGAAGAAGGGCGACUUUUUGGUGUUCCUGGAGGCUCUGGAGGUUAUGCAGAUACGGUUUUUCGCCAUGCUGCUACAACGCUUUUUGGGAGGGAAAUUAAAGGGCCUCUUGACUUCAAGAUAUUGCGGAAUUCAGAUUUUCGGGAAGUAAAUCUAGAAGUUGAAGGUAAAACAGUUUUAAGAUUCGCACUUUGUUAUGGCUUCCGGAACCUGCAGAAUAUUGUAAGGAAGAUUAAAAUUAAGAAAUGCGAGUAUGAUUUUGUGGAGGUUAUGGCAUGCCCUUCAGGCUGUCUCAACGGUGGAGGUCAAAUCAAACCAAAGACAGGACAAUCUGCCAAAGAUGUUAUUCAAACAUUAGAAGAUGUAUAUAUGGAAAAUGUUUUGGUAGCGGACCCUUAUGAGAAUCCGCUGGUGAAGAACUUAUACGCCGAAUGGUUGGGCAAUCCUGGUUCGGAGAAGGCUAAAAGGCACAUACACACUGAAUAUCACCCCAUUUUAAAAAGCAUCACUUCACAGCUGCACAACUGGUGAGAUGUUAUUUACACUGUUCGUCCUAUCUUUGCCAAUGGCAGGCUUCAUCGCAACGUGCCCUCUCCGCGCUCAUCCCCACAUGCUGCAGAAGGCCCGUUAAUGGGGCAUCAUCACUACCUAUAAAGUAAACACAUCAUCUUACAACCGGUGGGGUAUGCCAUUUUUUUUUUUUUGCAGAAGGGAAUCAAUCAUUUAUAUGUAUGUGCAUGUAUUAUUAUGAUGUAUGUGCUUCACGUGUAUAUACAUCACAAAAUGUAUAUUCUUUGCAUUCCAAGAUCGCCGUGUGGCCCACCUUUCUUGUCAUAGAUGUAACAGGUGGAAUCUUGCAGAGUAGAUUUUGAACAGAUCGGUCUGAGACUGGGUCUACUUUGUAUUUUGAAAAUGAAUAAUGGUUUUGGAAGCUCUAUUAAUUUCUUA